CGCCUGCGCGGUGGUGGUGGUGGUGGUCGGCGGGCGGGGCGGGCUGCUGCUUGGCGUUGUCUGGGUCGAGUCGCCAUGGGCAACUGCCACACGGUGGGGCCCAACGAGGCCCUCGUCGUGUCAGGUGGUUGCUGCGGGUCGGACGAGAAGCAGUAUGUCUACGGGGGCUGGGCCUGGGCCUGGUGGUGCAUCUCUGACACGCAGAGACUGUCUUUGGAGGUUAUGACCAUCCUUUGUCGCUGUGAGAAUAUUGAGACGUCGGAGGGGGUCCCACUGUACGUAACGGGGGUCGCACAGGUGAAAAUCCUGACCGAGAGGGAGCUUCUCGCGGUGGCUUGUGAGCAGUUCCUGGGCAAGAACGUGCAGGACAUCAAGAAUGUGGUCCUCCAGACGCUGGAAGGGCACCUGCGCUCCAUCCUAGGGACCUUGACCGUCGAGCAGAUCUACCAGGACAGGGACCAGUUUGCCAAGCUCGUGCGGGAAGUGGCGGCUCCUGAUGUGGGCCGGAUGGGCAUUGAGAUCCUGAGUUUCACUAUCAAGGAUGUCUACGAUAAAGUCAGCUACCUGAGCUCACUAGGGAAGACCCAGACCGCCGUGGUGCAGAGAGACGCCGACAUCGGGGUGGCUGAGGCAGAGCGAGACGCCGGCAUCCGGGAGGCAGAAUACAAGAGAGAAAUGCUGGAUGUGAAGUUCAUGGCGGACACCAAGGUAGCCGACUCGAAGCGUGCCUUCGAAAUGCAGAAAGCCGCCUUCAGCCAAGAGAUCAACAUAAAGACGGCGCAGGCCCAGCUGGCGUACGAGCUGCAAGGAGCCAAAGAGCAGCAGAAGAUCCGCCAAGAGGAGAUUGAGAUUGAGGUCGUGCAGCGCCGGAAGCAGAUUGACGUUGAGGAACAGGAAGUCAUCCGCAUGGACAAGGAGCUCAUCGCCACUGUCAAGUUGCCAGCGGAAGCAGAGGCGCACCGCAUGCAGGAGAUUGCCGAGGGAGAGAAGGUGAAGCAGGUGCUGAUCGCUCGGGCCGAAGGGGAGAAGAUCCGCAAGAUCGGAGAGGCGGAGGCCCUGGUGAUCGAGGCCAUUGGCAAAGCGGAGGCUGAGAAGAUGAAGCUCAAGGCAGAGGCCUACCAGCAGUAUGGGGAGGCUGCCAAGAUGGCCUUGGUCCUGGACGCCCUGCCCCAGAUUGCCGCCAAGGUGGCCGCACCUCUCUCAAAGGUGGAUGAAAUCGUCAUCCUCAGCGGGGAUAACAACAAGAUGACUACGGAUGUGAACCGGCUGCUGGCUGAGCUCCCUGCGUCCGUCCAUGCCCUCACGGGGGUCGACCUCUCCAAGAUCCCGCUCAUUCAGAAAGCGACCGGAGCCCAGGCCUGAGAGGAGGCCAGCUGGUGAAGAGCCCCCCUCUCCUUCCAUUUAUGCACUUCCCACCGACUGCCGCAAACACUGCGAGCUCCUCUUCAUCCGUGGAGACGGUGGGGGCUACUCUCGGGUGCCUUAUAUCUUUUUCGGGGGAUCUGAGCGGGGGCGUCCCCGCUAGUCCUUGCAUUUCCAAGAGAGGUUUCCUUCUUUUGUAACCCCCAGCCCCGCUCUGUGUCAUGCUAGCCAACACUUUCUCCCCUCUCUUGUCUGUGCUCUUGCAAAGUCUGUGCCUUGACCGACCGCUGCGCCGUUCUCGGGGCAGGGAGGACGCACCCCCAAAUUGGGAGGAGGCCCAACGCUGGGCCCUGCUGCCCCAGUGGAGGAGAACUUCCCCCUUCCAUAUGCUUUUGUGCUGCGGAGGGGACACGGCCCUUCAAGGCGCUGAUGGCGGGGGGGGGGAUUCAUGGCCACUGCCCCUCUCGGUGCCACCGGCGGAUUGAGAUUGAGCCAUAUCUGCCAGUGGGGUGCCCUGCGGUCCCUGCGCUCUUGGAGCUCCAAAGGGGGCAGGCGGCGGAGGGUGGAGGCCGCCAUAUUGUUACACGCCCGCUCAGCCCAACCCCUUGCUGGGACCUCAAGCCGUGAGCACCCGGCGGGCGUCCCCGCAGCCCAGGGCCAAAUCAAUGCCACGACCUCCCGUUCCGCAAACGCCAUGAACAUAUCUUGCUCGCCAUCAGUCCGAAUACACAACACACACAGUGCCUGAUUUCUUCGGUGGUCCAUCACGCUUGCCCUGCAUCCACAGUUGGCAGGAACCUCAAGAACCCCUCUGGCAUCCUGCCUUCUGCUCCCGUGUCUUGCAGAUGCCCGCCAGGCCGUGGUCAGCCUGCAUAUGCUCCCUGGGGUUACUUCACCCACUCAUCCCUCCAGAACUAGGAAGGGAGAGGAAAGACACGCGAGACUCUGGCAAACUGCUUGUCUGCUUUCUCCCUGAACCGUGGAAGAAAGGGAGCCGGUCUUGUAUCCUAAGAUGGGAAUUUCGAAGCAGUCCCUCCCUGCCCCACUGGCGAGAGGCCCUGGAGCCCCUUGCCUGGCAUUACCCUGGGGUUGGCAUUACCCUGUGUGCACUAGAAUGGAAGGCACUUGCCUUCUGCACCUCUUGUCUCGCAAAACGCGGCCCCCUCUCUUUCCCCACUCCUCUGUGCCGUAGAGAUCCCCUUCUCCCUUUGCAAUUUGCCCCCACCCUCCAGAUAUAAACAUGGCUCCAUGACAGUUUGGGGGAGGUGCAGGAGGGCAGUGGAAGGCGCUCCCUCCCCCCUUUGCAGGGUUUCUAUGCACCUUCCUGCUCCCCAGUCUGUACUGUUCACACAAACGUCUGUACUGUUUAUUAUUCUUACAUGUGAAGCGUGCCUGUUUGCUCUCCGCAUGCGGGGGGGGGUAUCCCAGCCAUGCUUUCUUGCAAUUGCCUCCUGUGCAGGCUGCUGCUGCUGCAUUUCAGAGCCCCCCCUCACUUUUUAUACCCCACCUAAGUACUGUGAAGGAGGUGGGAGGGUGCCAAGUUCUUUAUUUUUAUUUUAUUCGGAGCAGGAUCUGGGUUUGUGCCGCCAAAGGUUCAGUGGGGGGAGGCAGCAGAGGGGUUAUUCGGGGGGGGGCGUUUCUGGAAGCUUGGGUGGAAGUGAGGGGCUCUUUGGGGCCCAAGCAUGUUCCCCCACCCCACAUACAAAGGCCUGAGUGGUGCCCCUCUGCCAGCUUUCAGGGAGAGAGCACUGGAUUCCAGUCCCCAUUUUACCUUCCCUCUUCUCCCCCCCCCCCAUGUCGCCUGCUCUCCUGGCCCCCCCCCACGCCACGCGUUCUCUGCAUGGAUAUGUGGUGCAUGACCGCCUGUGCCAGGAUUCGCCGGGGGCCCCGUGUGCAUCCCAAGUGUGAAAUAAUGUACAAUAAAAAGUUAUUGUGACCUCA